UCUUGUGCACCAAUGAUAUUUCCAUCAAAUUUGGUGUGAAUAUUCUUCAAAACCCUAUAAAAUUACUGUGGGGUUCCCACCCACUAAAGCUCACUCCCUCAAGUGUAGCCCAAGCAACUUUUUUGUAUUUUGCAGUUUCAGUAUUGUAAACACUCAGGUCAGUAAAUGUACGAGUACAUUUUAGGUACUAAGAUAAUUGUUUUAGUUACCCUCUCCCAACCCAACCCCAUCAAUCUUCUACCCUCAAAAACCAGAGCAUUGCCGGGCACAUGCAGCUAUUGUUAAUAAAAGAAAACCUCUAGAUUACCUCUAGCAAACAAAAAACAAAUGUUCUCACUUUAUAUAAUACGUGGGUCGUUCAAUAAGUCCUUAGAAAAUCCAAUAGAUGGCGCUCGUAGCCUAAAAAAUGGCGCGUUUUUUUGUAAGCAUGAUGUCUCACUAGACAGUUGUGAAAAUCUCAGUCAUAUCCAUCAUAUGGUUUAAUUUUUAUUGUCAAUUGAAGCAAGAAACCUUUGUUUAUUUAGAAAAAUGGAAAAAAGUGAGUUUCGAGCGGUGAUUAAACACUUAUAUUUAAAAGGCUUAACACCAAAAGAGACCAAAGCUGAGUUGGAUGAAGUUCAUGGCACAUCUGCUCCUGUGUUUGCAACUGUUUACAAUUGGGUAAAUGAGUUCAAACGUGGUCGUACAUCCACAAAAGAUGAACAUCGUUCGGGACGUCAAGUGGAGGUGACUACUUCCGAAAUGAUUGACAAAAUCCACGAUAUGGUUUUGAGUGAUCGACGAAUCAAAGUGCGUGAAAUAGUUGAGGCCACAGGCAUAUCACAAGGUACAGUGUUUUCAAUUUUGCACGAAAAAUUGGGUGUGAAAAAAAUCUCGGCAAGAUGGGUGCCGCGUUUGCUCUCAGUGGAGAAUAAAUGUAAUUGUGUGGUCGACUCUGAGGCAAUUUUGGCACUUUUUCGUCGCAAUCCUGACGAGUUUCUACGUCGAUACAUAACUGUGGACGAAACAUGGAUACACUGCUAUACUCCAGAGACCAAAGAACAGUCAAAACAGUGGGUUUUUGAAGGCAAAAGGGCUCCAAAGAAGGCGAAGACAGUGAAAUCGGCCGGGAAGGUGAUGGCCACGGUUUUUUGGGAUACACGCAGAAUCAUCUACACCGAUUACUUGGAAAAAGGAAAAACAAUAACUGGAGUGUAUUAUGCAUCAUUAUUGCACCGGUUGAGCAAAGAAAUCAAAGAAAAACAUCCUCAUUUGAAAAAGAAAAAGAUCCUCUUCCAUCAAGACAAUGCACGGGUGCACACCUGUACAGUUUCGAUGGCCAAAAUCACGGAAUUAAAGUUUGAAUUAUUACCACAUCCACCGUAUUCACCGGAUUUGGCCCCCAGUGACUUUUUUUUAUUUCCAAAUUUAAAAAAAUGGCUUGGUGGACAACGAUUCACAUCAAAUGAGAUGGUCAUUGCCCAAACAAAUGCCUAUUUUGAGGACCUUCCGAAAUCUUACUUUUUAGAUGGCUUAAAAAAGUUGGAGAAACACUUGGAAAAGUGUAUAGAGCUUAAAGGAGAUUAUGUUGAAAAAUAAAAAAAAAUCUACCAAAAAUAAUUUGUUUUUCUAUCUUUUUCUAAGGACUUAUUGAACGACCCUCGUAGUAUAGAUUUACCGAACAUUUUGUGUUAGUUGUGUUUCCGGUUAUCCAAAGUAGUCUAAAUCCCCAUUUCCUUGAACACUCAGAACUCUACUAUAGUAAUAAAUAAAUUAAUUGAUACUUAAAUAUUAAAAUAAUACUUUUAUACAACAAGUUUUUAUUUUGAAAUAAGGUUGUAAAUUUUAUAUUUUUUUGUUUU